AUGGCUGGUGUAGAUAUUCCAAAAUGGAUGUGGGCACUAGCGGAUGAUUACCCAUUUGCUCCACCUCCGCCUAGGGUAAUCCCAAAUUUCGACCAUCCUAAGCGGGUUGGAUAUCACUCCCUCACCAUCGCCUUGGACAAUAAACGUUCCUACGGUUAUCAUGCAUGGGACAUCAAGAUUCGCAACCUUACCAAGCCUCUCCUGGUGGUGACCUUUGUUUAUCAGAUGUUUCUACCAGCAACCGUCUGGCUCGUAAAAGCUACAUUGAUGUUCUUCAUUCUCAGCGCGUUUAAACCGAUCAAAUGGCUGCGAUCGCUUUGCUGGGUGGGUAUUAUAACUACUUUUACCUUCUAUGCCACAAACUUCGUCAUACAAGUAGUAUCGUGCCGGCCUCGAGGUGGCACAGACAGAGUGUCAUUCCUAGCUGGAAUGGCGAGCCGUCAGUGUGCGGGGAGCGAUGCCGCCAUUCAGAAAAUGAGCAUUGCUACGGGCAUUUUCGGUGUUAUCAGUGAUUUCUAUAUCCUGAUAAUUCCGCUUCCUGCAGUUGCAAAACUUCAAAUCAGGAAGAAAAGGAAGCUUGGGGUAUACUUAAUCUUUUCAUCUGGAGCAUUAGCUUGUAUGGCCAGCAUCAUCUCUUUGAUCUUCCGAGUCCGAUCGUUCGGUAGCAAGGACCUGCUCGUCGACAGUAUGCCAAGCAUGGCUUCGCAUAUGGUCGAGCUUACGGUGGGCCUCGUUAUCACUUGCAUCGCACCUACCGCAAAGCUUGGUCGUCAUAUUCGUAAUAAGCGAUUUCAGUCAUUGCUUGGAGAAUGUACGGAUGAGGUCGUCGGGCCUGAACGAGCUGUUCGGCUCGCGACUCGAAGAAAGCAUGCGCCCGGUGGUCUUUCCGAGCUCGAUUCCAUGAAGACUUUUGGAACUACUGUAGACAUGACUGUUACGAAAGAUCCCUGCUCGGUGAAGGAUUCGACAGCCAAUGCCUCGCCAGACGGAACGUGCAUAUCAUAA